UGGAAGGUUUGUCAAGUUUACACUCGUAUCACGGACCGUCACGCGCUAAGAUGAUGUAGUUUUGGGGACUCAGUUCUCGAGGCCGUGUUUACACCUAAUACAUGUAGAUCUACAUGAACGGGGUGCCCACAACGGAUGGGAUCGGCCUAUCGCCCGACUCGGUCGCCUCAAAAGUUUGUUUGUUUUCAUUAUCAGGCAAUCGAGCCAGGCCGAUCCAGCCGUAGGGGGCGGGCACCCCGUGUAAGACAGACUAGAUCUUCGUGACCGGUUCCGGGUGGCCAAAAAAUUGCUAGCCACCCGAGGUCGCAGAUAUCCCCACUGGCCAUUAGCGUCAGGCUACUCGACCCCUGAUGCUAGCCACUCAAGAUCGGGCGAGCAGUAUAAUUUCACAUUUUUGGGCUCAGUUUGCAUAAUUUCAGAAUUACUUUUUUUAACAAAAAACUGCGGGGACAACUUUUUCUUCUUAACAAUCUUCCACAACAGCUGCCUUAUUAUUCAUUUUUAAUUUUUAUUUCAUCAUCAGAUGGACAGACAAUCAAAGAUUAAAGCUGCAUAUGAAGCCGUCAAAGGCGGAAUGCCAAUUCGGGCUGCCAGCAGGCAAUUUGCCGUCCCUAGGUCAACUCUGCAAGACAGACUUGCAAAACGCAUUCCUCUGGAGCAAAGACCAAAAACGGCGCUGACACCAGAGGAAGAAACCCAGUUCUCCCAGUGGGCCAUCAAUAUGGCGAGGGCUGGCUUUGGCCGAACAAGGAAGGACUUCCUCACCAACAUCCAGGGCUACCUGAACCAGCUCCAUGAACCGCAGCUGCGCUUCAAAAACAGCAACAAGCCAGGGAAGAGUUGGUAAGACAAUUAUUCUGUGACAUUAUCAUAUAUAAUGAAUGUGAUGGUGGACUUGACCCCAAGGGUUUUAAAAAUAUUAUUCCCCAGAUCUACAGUAUCUUGCUACUUUGCAACUUCAUUGGUGCAAGUUAAUACUCUCCUCCAAAAUUAAGGAUCGAUGUUGGUUGAAUCCUCCUUCCAUUUGUGAAGAUUAAAACUUAGCAUUUUGGUCACAUCUUCAAAAAUGUUUUAAAAUUGUCAGUUAGUUUUUGUUAGGUU